CCUGUCCUCUUCACGAUCCCAUAUCCCUUGACCCAAUCCCUAGCAUACGCCCACGCAUCAUCCAAACAGCCAUCGUCCGCUACAUAGUCUAUCAUCGUUGUCAUCAUUAUCAUCAUUAUCAUCAUCGCACACUUCUUCAUCGACCACACUCUGCUAUAUCUCAUCUCUCCCCCGCUUCUGCAUCGUACCUAGAAUUCUCGACAUUCUUUUCUCUAUUUCUGUACCUGUUUCUGCCUCCGCACCUUCAUCACCAUUUCCUUUUAUAAUACGUCGCGUGGUGACCAUCUCUUUAUACAUCUAUACUCUACCGACCUACCCCCUCUCCCCUCCAGUCCCUCUACCACCUCUAACCAUCCCCUCUCGCACCAACCAUGCACUAUAAACCCCAGCCUCUACUGCCGCUCCAGAAACCAUCCUCAUUCCAGAAAUCUGCGGGUCGCUUCAAAAGCUCUGGCUCGCUCCCCUACAGACGCGCUGCCUUCCUUCUCGUCGCUAUAUCUUCUUCGCUGCUCGUCUUCAACACGACCCAUUUCCAGCCCACCUCUCUUUCAUCCUCCACAGUCCCAAGCAACCCAGACUCAUCUCUUUCGGCCACAACGUCCUUAUCUGGAAAUGGGCCUCACGACUAUGAGCACGGGAGAGAACCCCACUUGCAUCUUUACGACGAUCCCGCGAGUGGGGAUACGGAAGAUACGCGCGAUGAUGGCGACUUGUGGGAUGAAUUCGAGGACGACAUGGAGGAAGAGCUUGACAAUUUGCCAGGGGCACUAAGAACUCCCGGACGACAGCCACCAGUCCGUAUUCCCUUAAAGGCAGCAGAUGGUGUGCUGCCCGCUCACUGCCCUACUCUCUUCCUCACGACAGAAACGUCUUAUUACCCACCAUCAUACACAAGCUCCUCCACUGUUCCCUACCCAUCAUCCACCAACUCUUCCUCUUCUUUGCCAACACUUCUGCCUGACCAAGUCGCCUGCAAGCCCAUCCCCUCUCAGCUCCAGGACUACUCUUUGGCUUUCUGUGUCUCCACUCAGGAUUGCAGCCAAGGAUUUAUUCAAGUUGUGCGCGAUGCUGUCGUAGAUGACUCCCUGCUCCGUUUCAAGGUCUCAAGCAAUGCGGACCACGACUGGCAUUUCCGCCAUGUUGCCGGCCCUGAGGACUUCUACUUUUUGCUCGAGGGCGCACAAAAACUCGCCCUAGGCGCGCACUUGGUCUCGAGUGAUCUUUUGGUGAACAUGGACGGUGACCACCAUAUCCAGUCUUUCUCCGCCUCUAAUUCGACAGAUUCCGACUCGAACACGACCUCUCGCAAACUCGUCUACAGAGCCGACUUUCGCAUGACAUUACCAGGCACAGUCCAGAUUUCAGGAUGGCUCACGUACGAGAAAUUCAGGGCCAUUCGCGAGAACCGGCCGGGUGUCUGGCCCCAAUGGACGCAUUCAGUUCUGAUCGAUCCCAAGACUAAGAUUGACCUUCAGGAGCAGAAUUCGACAGGCGCCGCCACCAAAUUUACUAUUUGCCCUGACUGCGAGCUGGACUCUUUCCUGGCUCAGGCGAGAGCAUACCGCGAAGCCCAUUUCGAACAAUGUGACCGUAUGGCCCCAGUCCGAGGAUCGUAUUGGGAGGAGGAGCUGGCGCUCAGGGUGUACUCAGAGCUGGACUCUGUUAACAGAGCGCGUGGAGCAGGCGCUGGUUUCGUUGGGAACAAUGCAAAGAAAGAUGAGGACAGAACGACAAUGACAAACAAUGACAAGCUAACCAGAGGUUGGCGUUUUGUCCCCAGCGGAUGUACCAUGACCAAAACAUUAAGCCAGCCAAACGCUUCUUCGCAAGAUCCCUUUGCACCAACUUGUGACUCUAUCGCGUCCCCAGCUGCAGUGUUGCGCUCCCCUCAUCUCCAGAAGAUCAGUGACACCGAGGGUGGUGAUGAUUAUCCAAGGCGCCGUAUCUUUUUUACGGGCGACUCGCAAGUUCGGACGACAUACAACGCCAUUCUAAACCACUACCGUCCCAAUGACCCAAGGCACCAGCAAUUUCCUGUGCACGACGAGUACUUGCCCGGCCUGUAUACCCUGAGCGACGAUGACGACAUCACGGUCAUGCGCACUGCUGCGACAACCAUCCCACGAAAAGAGACCGACACAGAGAUCGAGCUUGUUUACAAGGCUGAUCAAUUCCUGGAUGUUUUGAUCGCCUCGACUGACGAGGAGUUGGACAGGUACGAUACCAUCUACCUUAAUUUGGGACAGUGGCCUGCGAGUGGGCCUGCUGGCGGCGGACAGUGGUCGACAGCUCGUUUGUUGGAACGCUGGGAAGCUGUUAUCGAGCGACUGAACCAGUGGAGGCAGUCGAGAAGCGACCGGCUGCAAGCGCUGUCGUUGUACUCAGACGAGGAUGCCGCACGCAAGGAUCCUACGUAUGGAUCUGGGGCGUCCUCGACCGUCAUCUGGGCCGGCAUGAACGCUUUCCCUAUGCGUGUUGAUCCAUCGAUCCGGGUGAAGGGCGACUGGAGGACAAACGCGCGCUUGGGCUAUUGGGACGAUUGGAUCGAGACCAUCUCUCAGGAGACCGGAGGAUGGUUCCGACGAAUGAACGCCUGGCAACUUACCUUUCCCAUGCUGGACCAGGUAACUGAUAGGGCCCAUUUCCAAAAGACAGACGCCAUUGACGCGCUCAAACUCGAGGCGCUUUACAAGCUGGACCUCUGCUCAAAGAUGGCUCCAGACAGGGCUUAUUCAAGUCCGCUCCACACAACAGCGACAAUGACAACGCCGGCGACUACGACAGCAGCAGUCUCAUAAUCACAUCCUUUCAUGUCUAAUGAUUUUAUUAUUUUCUUUUUGAUGUUCCCAUGUACUUUUAACUGUAAUUAAAGCUGUCUACGAGCACUG